AUGACGAGCUACAGAUAUUCGAACGAAAUGAUCAGGUUCGUCCUUGAUAGGACUGUCCCGAUCGACCCAAUUCCACGAGGAAAGAAGAGGGCUAUCUACCAUGAGACGGCCGAACUCUUUAAUCAGAUGUUCCCUAAUCUCGAGAAACCGGUCGGGUAUUCUCAGAUCAAGUACAUUACUGAUCAUUUCGGUAACAGUGCGGAAUUCGGUAACCCUAAAGGAAAUAUCAUAUACCAUGACUCCGCGAAAGACGGCGCCUCCAACCGCGCUAACAAUAUUCCUAAGCCGAGCCAAAUUGCUACAGAAGGCAAAAAAAAUAAAGUGAGCGUCUGUCACCAUUGUGAUGGAAAGGGAUUCGUAGAAGUCUCUGAAGAGCCGGUUGAUUCAACCAGUACCUCGCCAGGAAACACGGCGACCCCCGUGACCCCGUACCCAGACCUAAACAACGUGUCUGUGGGAAAACAACUAUACCAGACUUUGGAAUCAUCAGAUAACUUCUAUUUAACACCUAGCACCGGCCUCUGUGUCCUCCCUACACCAAGUACCCGCCCUCGGCCAUCACAGCUUAGCCAAUUCCCUGAGCAGAAAGCCCAAUACCUACAAAAUACCCCAAUGGUACCUCCGCGGGCUGGCGUUCCUGAGGGAAAUCGGCGAAGCAAUACGGCGAUGUACAAUGUCCCUGAUGAUACGACAGCAAAGGGUAUCCGGCCUAUGAAUAUCGCUAGACAAGAAACAGCCACGUCGUCGCAAGUGAGACCGGGAGUAGGCGGCUAUAAUCCCACAGCCUUGGAGAAUUUCAGUUCCACGCCAGGUACAACGGCACAGGGGCGCCAGAACCCAGGCAUGCCACAGAGACAGCCUACUGGUGUGUCCCAGCCGUAUAUAUUUACAGGACAGAACAGAACCGCACCUGUAAAUACGGGGAUGGCCACCCAGUCGGUUCUCGGGCAAGUGAGCCAGAACCAGAUGGCCACAACACACAGACGCCAGUCUCUUAGCCGAGUAUACAAUGGAGGAGUUACACGCCAGACUACUCAGCUCACUCCAGGACAGCUGGUACCGGUGUCCGGUAAGACUAAGGAGCUCAUGCCGUUGGCAAGACCGAACUCUAUGUCGCCAGCACCAGGAGCAAUUAUACGUAGUGGCUCUCUCAAGCGAUCUCGACCCAACGAGGAGAUCGUCAAUAUGCGAAUAGGAGAUAUGGGAUACGAAGAGGCACAAGGUCCUAAACCGGUGGGGGGCGAGCCAGCUUCGAAGAAGCGUAUGGGUUCGGCAAAAGGAAAAGGGAGCGAUGCUUUGGUGAGCAGUACCAAAGACGUUAGCGCAUCGGCUAGAGCAGCCGCAGGACGGGAGCCUACUUGGGACAAAUACCUUGACAAUAUUAUCAACGACUAUUUCGCCAACGAAGCCGGACCGAGCCAGAACCAAAACCAUAGUUCGAUGGGUGAGACUGCAGUAGCAGGCCCUAGACUUAUGUCUGGAAAUGAGUUUCAGGUUGAUCCAAGUCUUCUUCAUCAGAAUGCCGGCCCUGUCACUUCGACUGCAACCGUCCAGCAUUCCGCUGCCCAGCCGGCCAAAGAGCCACAACUGCCUGACGAUUUUGACAUAGUCCAGGACUAUCUGAACAGAUUUGGUCGUGACCCCGACUACCAGUCAGACAGCGGCGAUAUAAGCUUUGCGGACGACAGCUUUGCCGCGUCUCAGUAUCCUGAUAUACUCGGCUGA